AUGGCCUCGCCAAAGUGGGCUGAGUCAGGUCUAAUACCGGAUGUGAUUGACGUGGCCCCGCCCCUCAGAGCCGAGGUCGUCUACUCAUCAGGUGUGUCAUGUGACUUUGGGAACGAGCUUACACCAACUCAGGUAAAGGACAUGCCUCAUAUCACCUUCCCAUCUGAAGAGGGCGCCCUGUACACUAUCAUUAUGAUAGACUGGGAUGCACCAGAGGCGGUGAGAGCGAUACACCAUUUUAUGAUGGUAGACGUAUCACACGGGGACUCUAAGACUGGCACUGUUCGUUCUGAGUACAUUGGAUCAGGUGCUCCCGAAGGAACAGGCUUGCAUCGAUAUUGCUUCUUUGUCUUCAAACAACCGCCAGGAUUUAAACCUGACGGGCCAUAUCUUCCAAGAAGUCGAGAGAGAAGGAAAAAGUUCUGCUUGAAGCGGUAUGCUGCUGAGAAUAACCUAGGUGACCCGGUGGCAGGGAACUUCUUCCAAGCUCAGUACGAUGACUAUGUCCCCACGCAGACGGCUGAGUUGAAUGCGGCAACAAAAACUAAGAAUUUAGAUUUUCAUCAAUAGCGAUUUAGGUAAUUCUAUUGGAGCGGCAUUCCAGGUUGGGGGCGAGGUACCACCCCUCUUACCACCCGCGAUGUUUCAAGUAGUAAGAAAAAGAGGACAAAACAAAAAUAUGGGAGAAGAAAAUGAAGAAGGAGAGGUAUUAGAAUAAGAAGUCGAUGGAUGGAAAAAGAGGUGCUCAAAGAGACAUCGUACUCAGUAGCGCCUUUGGCCCUGUACGAUCCCUAAUAAUAAGAUCAAGCUACGAUCCCUGAAGAAAUAGUACGGUGACCGUAAAUAAAGUAAAUGCAAAAAAUCUUAAACACCUACAAUGACUAAAUUUUCAGUGAUAUUCUUGUUGGAUAUUUCUCUUUUUACUCAAAUCAACUUUUUUGUUGGGGGUGGAAUCGUCCUUAAAGCAUGACCUUACUUUUGUAAGGUCAACACCCCAGCAGAUUUAUCAGGGUAUGCAUAAAUAAUGAUAAGCCAAACUGCAGUAGGGCAAGUUCUGUUAAGAUUGAACUAUUAAAGCAAACUAGUUUUUCAUUGCUUUUCAUAGCUUCAAAUUGCGUGAGGAAUAGUGCAUGAUAGAUAUAAGUUUAUCAUAGUUCACAAUUUGAAUUAGAUUUCAAAGACAGUUGUUGACUAUUAUUUUUUUUCUUUAACAUAAAAAUCAUCAAAUAGUAAGCAUGAUUGUGAAGGUCGUGUGUGCUUUGUAAUAUUGUCUUAUUACUUUUACACUUCGCAUAAUUUAUCAAACAUGCAUAUUCUUGAAAUCGCCACAUUGAUCCGUUUUGUCUGGUGUUAGUAUGUACUCCUCAAAUGAGGCAUAUUAAUCAUAUUUAUAUGACGUGUAUGAUGUAGUGACUGUCACCAUUCCAGUUUGAUCAAAUAGCAUGAACAAAUAACAUAAUAUUUGAUCGCCCUUUAGCUUUCAUCACCGCUCAUACACACAUCUUUUGGACUUCGUCAGGUAGCCGAUCUUCAACAAAGUGCUUAUUUGAUUUUUUUUUAUUUUAAUUUCUCGUUGAGCUAUUCUUCCCUUUUUUUCAAAUAAAUUCAU